ACACACAGCGCAAAUGGCAGCGUUCGUUUACACAGCCGCUUCGGCUCUCUUAUUCUGGAUUAUAAACACAGCAUCGGGGGCGCGGGUUUAUCCUCCUAAUGAAGUGACGUUACUGGACUCCAGGACGGUGCAGGGUGAACUGAAAUGGGUCUCCAGUCCAACAGAAGGAGGGUGGGAGGAGGUCAGCAUCAUGGACGAGAAGAACACCCCCAUCCGGACGUACCAAGUGUGCAACGUGAUGGAGCCCAGCCAGAACAACUGGCUCCGGACGGACUGGAUCGCCCGCGGCGCCGCCCAGCGCAUCUACGUGGAGAUCAAGUUCACCCUGCGCGACUGCAACAGCCUCCCGGGCGUCACGGGGACGUGCAAGGAGACCUUCAACCUGUAUUACUACGAAUCCAACAACGACAAGGAGCGCUACAUCCGCGAGAACCAGUUCACCAAGAUCGACACCGUGGCCGCCGACGAGAGCUUUACGCAGGUGGAUAUCGGGGAUCGCAUCAUGAAGCUCAACACCGAAGUGCGGGACGUGGGGAUCCUGACACGCAAGGGUUUCUACCUGGCCUUCCAGGACGUCGGCGCCUGCAUCGCCUUGGUCUCCGUGCGGAUUUUUUACAAGAAGUGUCCCCUCACGGUGCGCAACCUGGCCCAGUUCCCUGACACCACCACGGGUGCGGAUACGUCCUCGCUGGUGGAAGUGCGCGGUUCUUGUGUGGACAAUUCCGAAGAGAAGGAAGUACCCAAGAUGUAUUGUGGCGCCGACGGAGAAUGGCUGGUGCCCAUCGGCAACUGUCUGUGCAACCCGGGAUUCGAGGAACGUGCAGGAGCGUGCCAAGCCUGUAAGGCGGGUCACUACAGGGCCUUAUUGACGGACGCCGGCUGCUCCAAGUGCCCCCCACACAGCUACUCGGUCCGCGAAGGUUCCACCUCGUGCACGUGCGACAAGGGAUUCUUCCGCUCCGAGACGGACCCCGCCUCCAUGCCCUGCACCCAGCCACCGUCCGCCCCGCAGCACCUCAUCUCCAACGUGAACGAGACCUCGGUGAACCUGGAGUGGUCGGUGCCGGCGUUCUCCGGCGGCCGGCAGGAUCUCACCUACAACGUCGUGUGCAGGCGCUGCGGCCCGGACGGACAGAGGUGCGAACCCUGCGGCGUCUGGGUGCACUUCACGCCGCAGCAGCUCGGCCUCCGGAGCACCCGCGUGUCCAUCAACGAGCUCCAGGCGCACACCAACUACACCUUCCAGGUGUGGGCGGUGAACGGCGUGUCCCCGCAGAGCCCGGGGCCCGAGCAGGCCGCCUCGGUCACCGUCACCACCAACCAGGCCGCUCCCUCUCCGGUUUCUUCCAUCCAGGCCAAGGACAUCACACGGCACAGCGUGUCCCUGGUGUGGCUGCAGCCCGAGAGACCCAACGGCGUCAUCCUGGAGUACGAGGUCAAGUACUACGAGAAGGAUCAGAACGAGCGCAGCUAUCGCAUCAUGAAGACCUCCUCCCGCAGCGCCGACAUAAAAGGUCUGAGUCCGCUCACCUCCUACGUCUUCCACGUCCGCGCCCGUACCGCCGCCGGCUACGGUGAAUUCAGCGCCCCCUUCGAAUUCAUGACCAACUCAGUUCCUUCUCCCAUCAUCGGUGAUGGUGCCAACUCCACGGUUCUCCUGGUCUCGGUUAUCAGCAGUGUGGUUCUGCUGCUCGUCUUCAUCGGGGUCUUCAUCAUCGGCCGCAGGAGGAGUAAAUACAGCAAAGCCAAGCAGGAUUCGGACGAGGAGAAGCACCUCCAUCCAGGGGUGCGGAUCUAUGUGGACCCUUUCACGUACGAGGACCCCAACCAGGCCGUCCGCGAGUUCGCCAAAGAGAUCGACGCCUCCUGCAUUAAGAUCGAAAAGGUCAUCGGGAUUGGUGAAUUUGGGGAGGUGUGCAGCGGCCGCUUGAAGAUGCCCGGCAAGCGCGAGAUCUGCGUCGCCAUCAAGACCCUAAAAGCGGGAUACACGGAGAAGCAGAGGCGGGACUUCCUGAGCGAGGCGAGCAUCAUGGGACAGUUCGACCACCCCAACAUCAUCCGGCUGGAGGGAGUCGUCACCAAAUGUAAGCCGGUCAUGAUCAUCACCGAGUACAUGGAGAACGGCUCCCUCGACGCCUUCCUGAGGAAAAACGACGGCCGCUUCACCGUCAUCCAGCUGGUCGGUAUCCUGCGAGGAAUCGCAUCCGGGAUGAAGUACCUGUCCGACAUGAGCUACGUCCACCGCGACCUGGCCGCCAGGAACAUUCUGGUGAACAGUAACCUGGUGUGUAAGGUGUCGGAUUUCGGGAUGUCCCGCGUGCUGGAGGAGGAUCCUGACGCGGCGUACACGACACGGGAAAUAAUGGGAACCUAUCAAUCGCAGGGUGGAAAGAUCCCAAUCCGCUGGACGUCCCCGGAGGCCAUCGCCUACAGGAAGUUCACCUCGGCCAGCGACGUGUGGAGCUACGGGAUCGUCAUGUGGGAGGUCAUGUCGUACGGCGAGCGUCCGUACUGGGACAUGAGCAACCAGGACGUCAUCAAAGCCAUCGAGGAGGGGUACAGGCUGCCCCCGCCCAUGGACUGUCCGGUCUCUCUACACCAGCUCAUGCUGGACUGCUGGCAGAAGGAACGUUCAGAGAGACCAAAGUUCAGCCAGAUCGUCAACAUGCUGGACAAACUGAUCCGGAACCCCAACAGCCUGAAGAGGACCGGAGCCGAAAUAGCGAGACCCAACACCACCCUCCUAGAGCCCAGCAGUCCGGAGUUCUCCCCUCCCCUGGGCACCGUCACCGACUGGCUAACGGCCAUCGACAUGGAGCGUUACCGUGACAACUUCACCGCCGCCGGCUACAUCACCCCGGAGGCCGUGGUGCACAUGACGCCGGAAGACAUGUCACGGAUCGGCAUCUCGACACCGACGCACCAGGACAAGAUCCUCAGCAGCGUGCAGGGAAUGCUGUCCCACAUGCAGCAGAUACAGGACAGGAUGGUUCCUGUCUGAUUAAAAACAAACUUAAACAGGAACUUUUUCACUUUUUUUUGGUCUUUUUUUAUUUCUUUUUGUUGUUGUUUUUAAAGGAAAAUCCAUUUUUACCUCAUCCGCGCACUUUAAAACGAAUCGAAGGAGAAAAACGGUGAACGAGGACGAAGGACCGAAGCAGAAGGAGAGCGACUCGACCGCUCAGCACUUUUUUAUUUUCCCUGGACGACUUUUGGACGUUUUGAUCUGAGGAUUGUGGCGUCGUGAAAUACUGAUUAUGUUUCCCAGAAGGCUGUUUGGUUGGAUCUGCUUUUUCUGUAUGUAUGUAUGUAAAUAAGUAGGACUUUUUGGAUUCGCCUCCUCGGCCGUUUCAUCGUGACUCCGUCCACCUGGCGGGUUAAAAACAUCAUGAAAACGACACUUUAUUCUUCGCUUCUGGGAUUUCUGACUGCGUCGGGGCUCCUGCGGCUCCUCCGGCUCGUCUCUUUGAAAUGGAAUAUGCGUCUCCAGUCGGCCGGCUGUGUAAGCACGCCGUCGGAUUACAGAAUGCUGCUCCAGAGACUCCAGAUCUAGUUUUUUCUCUCUCCCUCUCUCUCUUUCUUUUCUAUAUUGGUCUCCGCGGCCUGGUCGCGUCCCGUUUUCACCCUCGCUACAUCGAUCGCUCUCGUUUUUCCUCCGUCUCCUCACUCGGCCAUGAAAUCCUCGCCUCCUGGAUGCCGGACGGGACCGAGUGACCGUGGAGGGACGAACGGGCGAUUCCGGAACGUUCUGCAUAUCCGGGCGGCACUUCUGGAUACGGACGGUUGUCGGCACAAAAGCUUCCAAUGGCAGAAGAUUGUAAACAAUAAAAACCAGCUCAGAGACGCUAGCACGUGAGCGCACCCGAGUUGGGAUUCCUUCCUCGUUUUCGUCUGUUUUCGACUUCUGUGAAUGCUGGCGAUGGAUUCUACGAUAGCUUCGGACUUCUCGUACUUUGAAGGAUGUAUUUUUUUACUUUGAGAAGGACUACAGAAUGGAACGGAUCUUCUUUCGUUGAACUGUGCCGGAGACGUUUGCUCGAACACGAGCCCACGGGGAUUCGGAACACGCCGAGAACGACGUAAUAAACUCACUGCAGGAAUGUUUAUUAAUACAGGAACAUUUUCUCGGUUCAUUUCACGAUGCAUGAUAGCUAGAUUACGAAGCGCUCCAUCUUUUUUUUGAGAAACUGUUUGAAAAUAUGCAAGCGAGGUGGAUCUGGAGACGCUGAGAUGAUGGAGAUCUGUAGAAUGUAACGUGCCAACUUUUCUAAACCUAGUUCAUUCUAAAGGAAUCAAACUAUCCGACCCAGUUAGUUUUGCUUUUUCUUUUCUCGGUUAAUCCAGUCGUAGAUUAACGUCGUGCUUAUUUUCAUCUCUCUGUUCUGUCAGAGCUUCCUUCCUUCCUUCCUAUCUGACUUAUUUUGAAAUGUAUUUAGGUAAAUAAAACAUUCAUUUAUUUAUGGUCUUUUUUAUAUAGUUUGUAAAUUGUAAAAAAUAGAAAAUGUGAGGAAAAUAAAUGAUCGAU